AUGGAAUUCAGCAGGCUUACUAGUUCUUUACAACACGUAUCUAGUCUAAUUGAAUAUAUUGAAAAUGAAAAUCAAGUUCUUCAAGAAAAUCUGAAUGAAUUGAAUUUCUAUGAUGUAAAUAAUCGAGCUCUAUUGAAAUCUUUUCAACAGCAACAACAAAUAGAAGCUGAUUCUCUUCAGGAAAUGAAUCAACGUUUGAAAGAAAAAUUAUUUGACUAUGAAACAGAGCUUCAACAAUCAAAUCAAUAUUGUCAACAACUUCAAGAUCAAUCUAUUAACGAUAAAGAUAAAAUUGAAGAACUGAUGAUUAAUAUUAAACGAUUAGAAGCAAAAUUAUAUUUACCAGCUAGUCAACCAUAUCAAAUACCUGAAAAAAAUAAAAACAUUGAAACUAAUCGACUUGAAGAAUUCAUUGACAAAUGCCAAUCAUAUUUAAUGGUUAAUUUAAAUAGUGAACAAAUAAAUGAUGAUAAUAUUGAAGUUGUUAUUAAAGCAGCUUUAAUUAAAAAACAAUGCCAAUCAUUGAUAUUGUGGAAUAACCAUUUAACAUGUUAUUCAAUAUCGAGAUUAUCGUCUGCAUUGAGUAUGAAUAAAAGUUUAACAAAAUUGAGUAUUUCAAAAAAUCAUUUAUCCGAUUCAGCUAUAAAAGAUUUAUCUGAAUCGCUUUCAUUUAACAACUGCACAUUAAAACAAUUAGUUCUUUCGUCAAAUGAAAUAACUGAUCAAGGUCUUAUCUAUUUAUCGGAUAUGCUAAAAACUAAUGAGCAUUUAAUUGUACUUGGAUUACAAGACAAUAAAAUAACUGAUAAAGCUAUUCAAUAUUUGUCUCAAAUUAUUCAAUUUAAAAAUCAAGUUAUCGAAGAAAUAUCUUUAUAUUCAAAUAAAUCAAUAACAGACGGUAGUGUUGAUGAUAUAUUUAAUAUGAUUAGACAUAAUCAAUCAUUGAAAACAUUUUGGAUACGGGAUUGUCAAUUAUCGGAACAAGGCAAAGAUAAACUUCAGCAAUCUAUUCAGGAUAAAAAUAAUUUUGACCUUUUAGUCUAA